AUGUUCUGGCGCUUUGGGGGUUAUCCGGUCAAGUCGCCAGUUGAUGAUGCGCUAGAAAGGCCGGAUUGCACCAUCGAGGACCUGCUGAAGAUUGAUGAAACAAUCGGGGAGCUGAAGCAGCAGAACUCGAAGCUGCUAGAGUUCCUACGGGAGAAAAACGUGCUCGACCGUUUGCUCCGAUAUGUUGUUGCUACAAAACGCCCCACGUCCCCUAAUGCCACUACGGCUGAGGGUACAAGGCGGACAAGCGAGGGUAGUGCGGCGCUGGAAGGCUUCUUCGGCAAAGUAAAAUCAAGAGCAAGGUCCAAGUCUAUCGCCAAGUCGGACGCAGAAGAGAGUGAAGAUGAGAAGCAACGGCUUAAAUUCGCCUACGUGGCUUGCGAGAUUCUGUCGUCGGAUGUAUGGUCCAUAUCCGAGGCUUUACUAGAGCAUCCUGACAGCUUGCGGAAUUUCUGGCUGUACAUGAAACAGCCAGCCCCGCUGGAUCCCAUACAAGUGGGCUAUUUCACGAAGGUCAAUGAAGCAUUACUAGACAGAAAGACAGAGGAGAUGCUGGAUUUUCUUAAAUCACUCGACAACGUGGUGCCAGACAUAUUACAGCAUGUGGAUUGCCCAGCGGUCAUGGACUUGCUACUCAAGCUCAUCAGCCUGGAAAAGAGUGAAGGAGGCCAGGGCAUCGUUGAUUGGCUACAACAACAAAGUCUUGUUCCAAUCCUUCUCUCGUACCUGUCGCCUGACCAUUGUUCGUCUACACAAACAUCCGCUGGAGACUUCUUGAAGGCGAUCAUAACGAUAUCUGCGAACGCCACCACGCAAGAUCAAUCCGUGAUUGGCCCGAAUGAGCUCACGCGGCAACUUGUUUCAGAAGAAUGCGUGAGCACUCUUAUUACAGAUAUGCUUCGGGGGGGUAACCCUCUGACUGUGGGUGUUGGCAUUGUAAUCGAAGUCAUUCGCAAAAACAAUUCGGAUUACGACCUGGAGACGCAAGUAGGACCAACUCCGAAAACCUCAGAUCCGAUAUACCUCGGCACGCUUCUUCGGCAAUUUGCGAAACACGUACCGGAUUUCAUGGAGCUGAUCUCGAACCCCAACCAUACUGUAGUGAAUAGUGAUGGAACCAAGACGGUGAGGAAGAGGGAGCUGAAAGCCGCGUUUGGAGGCAAGAUUGAGCCCCUUGGUUUCGACCGAUUCAAAACGUGCGAGUUGAUGGCGGAGUUGUUACACUGCAGCAACAUGGCCUUGCUGAAUGAGAGAAGUGCGGAGAGCGAAGUCAAGCGCCGCGAUGCUGAAAGAGAACGUCUAAAGGCGGAGGGCAAACUGGCUCCUGCAAAAGAAACGGCAUCCGGACAAGAAGAUUUCGGCACCAGUGUGGAUAGCCAUGGCUUCCAUCAUGCAAGAGCACCCUCGCAGUUAGGCGAACCACCGGAGGAGAUCAAGCGGCUCGAGGUGCACAACAGCGCCGAAGAGGAAGAUUUUGAGAAAGUGGCAGUUUCUGAAGCUGAGAUCAGAGAUGAUUUCGACGAGAAGGACGAAAUUGCAUCGCCUGCAGCUCCUGCCGGUACGACCGCCGACGAAGCUGAAUCGCCUACUUCAGCUGGUCUCACGGACGACGUUGGAGGCCUCGCCCUGGACAACGACACAGAGAUGAGCAAUCCAGAGCCAUCCAGUCCAGAGCCUCAAAGCACCCAGCCAAUGACGCCAUCCACUCCUGAAUCGAGCAAGCACCAAGCUUCGUUAUUAACCCAACAGCUCAAUGAGUCCCCGGAUCCAAUCUCACGUGACACGACUAUCGAACUCUCACCGCAUCCGGAGGACAAGCCAGCGCCUCUAUUUGCCGGAAAGAAAGAUGCUUCGCCAGAGAAAACUGAACCCAUGCAGGACACACAGACUCAAAAGACUAGCCCAGACAUAGAGGAACCUGUAGAAAGCUCGCUGGGCGGUGACAACGAGAGCUUGGAGUCGGUGCUACUCUCUGGACAGGAAGGUGAAUCCAUGCCAGUGUACGAAGUCGACGUGGACGGGUCGCCCGUUGUGGGCGACUUGCUCAAGAUCAUGUUUGUCGAACAUAGAGUUGUGCCAACCAUCCUCGACUUCUUCUUCCGGUUUCCGUGGAACAACUUUCUGCACAAUGUCGUUUACGACGUCGUACAGCAGGUCUUUAACGGUCAAAUGGACCGUGGUUUCAACCGGAACCUAGCCGUUGAUCUCUUCGAGACAGGCCGGAUCACGGAGCGCGUCAUCGAAGGCCAGCAAGCCAGCGACAAAUCACAGGCUGAGACGAGCAUGCGACUGGGAUACAUGGGCCAUCUCACGCUGAUUGCGGAAGAGGUUGUUAAGUUUACCGAGCGACACCCGCCGGAACUCCUUUCGCAGGUUGUGCUGGAGAAAGUCAUGAGUCGACGAUGGAUCGACUAUGUCGAGCAUACUUUAGCGGAAACGCGUGAGAGAGACAACGCAAUUCUUGGAGGCGUCCGCCCAGACAUGUCUGUUGGCCCACGACAAGCCGUGUUGAACGCCGUCAAUGCGUCCCAAGGCUUCGGCAACACCAAUUCCUCUUCACUAGCCAACGCCGGACUUUCGGGCAACGGUUCUGUCCCGCUCGACAGCAUGGAGCUCACCAACACGAGCAGUGCGUCUGGAGGGAACUACGGCUUCAGCGGCGGUAGCCUUCUCAGCGGCUUCAACAACUCGAGCGACGAAGAAGACGAAGAGAUGGACGAUGGCGAGGGCGAAAAGCAGACGCCGACUGUCGAUGACUCGGACCAACCCUCCUCCGCCCCUCCUCCGUCCAACAUCCCCCCGCCCCUCCAAGUCCAGCCCUCACGCGCCCGUCGCCAAUUCGCCCUCCGGCUAGCCCAACGCAAGCGCGAAAUGGAGGCUGCAGCGAGGGCCCAGGAAGCGGAGGAGGGUGAGGAAGACGACGAUCCCAGCCCCGAGCUGGAGAGCGUGGAUCUGCUCGCCGAGCAGUGGGCUGCGGAACGGAGCGCUUUGAACGGGCGCGGCGAUCCGGAGAGGUUUGCUGAUUUGUUUGAUGCGCCGGAUAGUGGGGAGGAUAGUGAGGAUGAGAAGGAGACGAGUCGGAAGAGGGCGUGA